AUGAUCACGUUUACAUUCUUCGUUCAAGGAACCGUUUUCACCUAUAUGCUGACUCCCAUAAUCGAAAACAGAGGGAAAAACGAAAGCGAAAGAAUACUUCCUUUCAAUGUCUGGCUCGGAAUUCCGACAAACGUCACGCCUAUUUUUGAAAUACUAUUCGUUUUCCAGAUUUUAGUGCUCGUCCAUUCGGGCCUGUGCUUUUGUUGCUUCGAUAAUCUUCUUAGUCUAUUAAACUUGCAUAUUGCCGGCCAAUUCAAACUUUUGCAACACCGAUUGGAAACCAUUCUCGAGAGAAUCAAUCGAGUCGAUACCGUAAAGUCGUUCGACGAGAGGAAAAAACGGGAAAUGUACGAAGAGAUUAAAAGAUGCAUAGUGUUGCAUCAGGAACUGAUUUGGUACUGUGAACAAAUACAACAUAUCUUCAUGUACUCGACUCUUUGUCAGCUGUUGGUAUCAGGCAUCAUGCUCUGCGUCGCGGGCUUUCAAGUGUUUUUGGCUCAAGGUACUUUCGUCAGGCGGUUGAUAUUCAUCGCUCAUACGAACGGUUGCUUCUUUCAACUGUUCAUCAUUACGCUAACGGCGAAUGACUUAAUGCUCGAGAGCUGCGCGGUCGGCAACGCGGCGUACAAUGCCGAUUGGCAAGUUUUAUCCCACAAAGACAAUAGAAGAGUCAGAAAUGCUAUUUUGUUCAUUAUAAUGCGUUGCACGCGUGCCUGCUCCAUAUCCGCCGGCGGUUUCUUCCCAGUUUCUCUCGAGACGUUCAUGGCGGUGCUCAGCACCGCAGCGUCCUACUUCACCUUGCUACGCAAAUUCACGGACCAACAGCUGAGGAAAAAAUCUCAACGUAUUUGCGUAUCUUUAGUACAUGGUCGCGGUGGCGUGGAGAAAAUCACGAGGUGCGGCAUGACGCGCAAUAAGGAGUACCGAUCGGUAAGUAUCACGCGACUCUUCAUGAAAAUGGUCGGUCUUUGGGACGUCGAGACACCGCGGGAACGGCUGCUCCUGCGCGCCGCGUUCGGCUAUGCCGUUUGGCAAAUUGUCUUCGCCAUUCUCGUCGAGGGCGUCGAUCUGUAUCACUGCUUAGGUGAUUUUUACGCCGUCACGUACAAUUUAUGUACGACGUUGCUGCUAAUAAUGAUACUGGUGAAGCUAGGUAGCUUCUUCUUCUACCGCGACACGGUGAUGGAGCUGAUUCGUUUCGCCGAAAAGAAUUUUUGGAACGUCGACUACGACGAGACCAGUGCGCGAAUUCUAGAAGAGUACGAUAAACUAGGGAUGAGCAUAAUAUACACCUUCACGUUUAUCGUCUACGCCGCGACGUUCAAUUACAUCUUUGCGCCUCUUUUCGAGCAUGACAAGACGAAUGAAACGGAGAAGGUUCUGCCGUUCAAACUGUGGAUCGAAUUUCCAUAUCACUCGCCGUAUUACGAGGUCACUUACGUCAUUCAGGCGGCGGACGUGUUUAUCAGAAAGUGUAUCUUUGCUUUCCACUUCGUGGGUGGCGUUAUCCAGCUACUUCUUUAUACGUGGACGUGUAACGACAUAAUAGUGCAAAGCACAGCUAUCUGCGAUGCCGCUUAUAACUCCAAGUGGUAUCUUCUGCCCAGUAGUGGUUCAGGAAUGGCACUGAGGAAAGGGCUAAUUAUGAUCAUGGUCAGAGCACGCCGACCGUGUGCAUUAACCGCUGGACAAUUCGGGGUUAUAUCCUUGGAAACUUUUAUGGGGAUAUUAAGUACUGCGAUGUCAUAUUUUACGUUAUUACGACAAAUGAGCGAAGAAAUAUAG